AUGACUGAAAUCGCUGUCCCAGCCCAGGUCCCUAAUCUGUUGGGAAAACCCAUACUUAGAGAUGAAGUGAAGCCCCGCAGUUCCCUGCAAAGUGUUCAAUUCGACCCAGAAAAGCACCUAAGCUACAAAGACAGCCCAAAAACAUACACUUUAGAGGACUUUGGAAUCGUGUCGGACAGGGCAAUAUCACCCGUGGCAGUGACAGAACCUUUUCCUCUUUUCAGCGAAGAGACAGUCCAGAUUAUGAGAAAAGAGCUAUUCACAAAGGAAGUCUGGGAAAAUUGCGUGGUGAGCACAGAGUUUGCUCACUGCCAGAUUCGAGACUAUGCUGCAAAGUACGCUCCAUUCACGUAUGAUGCAUGGAAGCACCCAAAGACCCUUGAGAUCAUUUCAAAACUUGCUGGUGUGGACCUAGUGACGAAUCUUGAUCUAGAGAUCUCUAAUAUCAACGUUGCUACCCAAGGCUUCGACGACGGAGAGCCAAAGAAGGAAGGAGAUAAUGAUUUACCGGCAACAAAAUGGCACUACGAUUCUUAUCCUUUCGUUUGCGUUGUGAUGCUUUCCGAUACCACGAACAUGGUUGGCGGUGAAACAGCCAUCAAAAAGCCGUCAGGCGAAGUAGUCAGGAUCCGUGGCCCAUCAAGCGGCAAUGCCGUUGUAAUGCAAGGAAGGUGUCUCAACCACCAGGCUCUUGCCGCUCACGGGGGUGUGGAACGCAUAGUAGCCGUGACUUCCUUUCGCCCUCGCGACUCAAUGAUGAUGGACACCUCGGUGCUCACCACGAUCAGGCCUAUUACAGACCAUUCACAGCUGUAUUAUGAAUGGGCAGAAUACCGCACGGAAGUACUCCAAGAUAGACUUCGAGCUAUGUUGAAGGUACUUCGAGAACAGCACCGCGCUGGCCGGAAAACAGACAAGGUCCGUCUGAAAAAGUUCCUAAAGGAACAGGAAGAAUGGUUGGCUCGGACAAACGAGGAGAUUGUUUAG